CUGAUCCGGGAAGGCGAGCGGUUUGCCGGCGAGUUUCGGGAGGCGACGUGGGAUGAGGCGUUGGACCUGGUAGCCUCGCGCCUGGCCGACUAUCGCGGCGAGGCUUUUGGAACGCUGUGCUCCGCCAAGGCCACCAAUGAAGACGGCUACGUGCAGCAGAAGUUCGCCCGCCUGGUGAUGGGCAGCAACAACAUCGACCACUGCACGCGGCUGUGCCACGCGCCGUCGGUGGCUGCGAUGCUCACCUCGCUGGGCAGCGGGGCGACGAGCAACUCCUACACCGACUACGAGAACGCCGGCUGCCUGGUGGUGAUGGGAUGCGAUCCCACGUCGAACCAUCCGGUGGCGGCGUCGCGGAUGCGGCGGGCGGUGGUGGAACGCGGAGCCAAGCUGAUCGUGAUCAACCCGCGCCGGAUCGACAUGUGCGACUACGCCGACCUGUGGCUGCGGCCGUAUCCGGGGACGGACGUGGCGCUGCUGAACGCCAUGGCGCACGUCGUGGUGGCGGAGGGUCUGGCGGACGACGGGUUCGUGGAUGGCAGGACCGAGGGGUAUGACGACUGGAGGGCGGUGAUUGACGGGUACACGCCGGAGCGGGCAUCGGCGAUCACCGGGGUUGCAGCGGAGGACAUCCGCGCGGGCGCGCGCAUGGUGGCGCGGCCGCCGGUGCCACGACACGGGGAUGCUGAUAGUGAUCGCGGGGGGGCCUGCCUGAUAUGGGGAAUGGGACUGACGCAGCACACCAACGGUACCGCCAACGUCCAUUCCGCGCUCAACCUGGCGUUGGUAACCGGGCAAAUGGGCUUCCCGGGUUCGGGCAUUUCGCCGCUGCGGGGGCAGAACAACGUGCAGGGAUGCGGCGACGCCGGAUGCGUGCCUGACUCGCUGCCAGGGUACCAGGGUCUGCUUCCAGAGUCGGUGGAGAAGUUUGGCCGGGCCUGGCAGGCCGCCGGGGCGCUCCCUGACCAGCCGGGCCGGGUGGUCACGGACAUGGUGGAUUCCAUUGGCGAAGCCGGCGGAGUGCAGGCGAUGUACAUCACCGGCGAGAACCCGCUGCUCAGCGAGCCGGACCUGAACCGGGCGGAGGGACUGUUCCGCAAGCUCGAUUUCCUGGUGGUGCAGGACAUCUUCAUGCACGAGACAGCCGAGCUAGCGGACGUCAUAUUGCCCGCGACCAGUUUCGCGGAGAAGGACGGCACCUUCACCAACAGCGAACGCCGGGUCCAGCGGGUCCGGCAAGCCGUGGAGCCGGUGGGGGAAAGCAGGCCAGACUGGGCCAUCAUCGGGGAGCUGGCUGCGCGGUUGUGCGAUCUGCUGGGCCUGCCGUGGCGGGAGCAAUUCGCCUUUCAGGAUCCUUGCGAGAUAUUCGUGGAGAUGGCCGGGCUGACGCCGCAGUUGGCCGGGAUCUCCUACGGGCGUCUCGACGCCGAGGGCGGUAUCCAGUGGCCGUGUCCGACACCGGACCAUCCCGGUACCAGCUACCUCUAUCGUGACGGUUUCCCCCGGGGGGACCGGGCCAAAUUCGUGGGCUACGAGCAGGGGCCGGUGGCGGUGGAGACUCCCACGGAGCGGUUCCCGCUGGUGUUGAACACCGGGCGGGUGCUGUACCACUGGCACGGCGGCACGAUGACGAGGCGCGUGGGCGGACUGCUGGCGCGGAUGCCGGAGCUGGAAGUGUCAAUCAAUCCCGUAGACGGAGAGCGGUUCGGGUUGCGCGAUGGCGGGCGAGUGCGGGUCCGUUCGCGACGGGGGGAGCUGAGCGGCGUGGCGCGGUACACCUACCGGAUGCGCACCGGCGAGGUCUUCAUUCCGUUCGUGCGCCUGAACGACUCGGCGGCGAACUUUCUGACUAACGCGGUGUACGACCCCGAUUCGCGGAUACCGGAGUACAAGGUGUGCGCGGUGCGGGUGGACGCCGAAGGGUGA